UCUUCAGUCUAACAUAAAGAUGUUCAGCUAAAUCUGUAGUCCAUGAUGAUUCAUGUAGUGGCAGACAAUGGGAAUUUGUUUUUCUGAUUAAAACUAAACUCAUGCAAAUGAUUGAAAAUCAAUAGCCAUGACUCGUGAUGAUACACUGAGAUUGUGUGAAGCUAAACAAUCAGUCUGUGUAAUAAUAUUUACAAUAUUAUUAGCUUUAAUCCACAACAUGGUCAAACAGAUAUUGGCCAUGUGCAAAUGUAGUCAGCUUGAAGUUCUGUCACUUUGAUUAUGUGAAAAUGUGAGCCAAUAUCCAUCAACAAACUGCAUCACCUGACCUCACGGCAUCAUGCGUCCUCAUGCUUUUGCAAUCAAAAGUGACAGAACUUUAAACUUAUACAUUUACACAUGGCCUAUAUCUGUUUUACCAGGCUGUCGAUUAAAGAUAAGAUUUUAAUGUUACAUUUUUUACAUGGACUAAUGUAUCACUUCACAAGACCUCAUUGUGUCAUUAGGAGCCAAGGCUAUUAAUUUGAAAUGGUUUAUAUGUGUUUAUUUUUAUUCUGAAAAACCUAUCUCCAUUGACUUUCAUUAUGUGAAUCACCAUGGAACACAGAUUUAUCUAAAAAAUAUUUUUUAUGUUCUAUUGAAGAAAAAAGACACCUAUAUCUUGGAUGUCCUGUGGGUGAGUAAAUAAAAUGAAAUUUUAAUUUUUGGGUAUAUAUAAAUAUUUGGGUAUAUUUAGUCUCAUCUAUCUAAAAACCAAUCUUAAAAGCCCUAAAAACAAUUUAUUUGUUUUCUGUUUCUUCAGGUUGGGACAGUGAUAUGUCGUCGAUCCUGUUAUUAGUUCAUCUCUUGCCACCCUCCAGCCAAGGUGGCAAAAAACCAGGCAAAAUCUCAGCAAGACAGGCCUGUGAUUGUCUUGUGAAAUUCAUCAAGACUGGUACCAGUAUUCAAGGACACUUGGAUAGCAUCAAAGAGAGUCUCCAGCCAUAUCUUCUUGCUGUUGGGCCAUGCCUGCAUGGCAUCUAAUUCGCUGGCCUGCGUUGAUGAGCUUUUUAAAGCUCACUUUGUCUUUGGCACCUCAUACUGCAAGGAACUCACCAAUCUGUAUUGCUUUCUGCAAACCACUGUCUAUGAUAUAGAUGUCGAAACCACCAAGGUGAAUCCCAGAGUGGCUGAGUUAAGAGCCAGAAUGCUCCAGUAAGCAGAUGAUUUGUUUCAUUUGUAAAAAGAAGCAUGCUAAUGCCAAUGGCCUAAUAAAGCACUUUAAGUUAGUUCAUGGUCUUUGCCCAGGAAAAAGACUAAAGUUAAAAUGUGGUCAAAGUCGUUGUUUACAUGUUUACCAUAGUUUUUCUGGAUUACGAAAGCAUCUUAGCAGGUGUUGUGAUCUACCAAACCCAAGUUCCAGUUCUCAGCCUGAAGGCCUAAAAAGGAAUAUAGUUAACAGUUGUGCAACUGUUGUUGCUGAACUUAAAGUGGCUGGUGUCGCAGAGACAACUAUUAACUAUGUUGUUAAUGCUUUGGAAGAAGUAAUUCGAGACAUUCAUAAUGAAACUCAAGAAACUCUGAAAAACAGCCUAUCUAUAGAACAGCCUUUAAAAAGCAUUGUUGAGUCACAGAUUGAUCAGUGUUUUGAAAAUAUCCAAAAUCCAUUUGUUGCAUUAAACACUGAGAGAAAGAGAAUGCAGUACUUUUCAGACAAAUGGGGAAAAAUAGAUCCUGUUGAAUAUGUUCUUGGAACAAGAUUUGCUACACGGCGUAACAAAACAACUGGGACUUAUUCUUAAACAAUUGUCAAGGAUAAAUUGGUUUAUUUACCAAUUCUUAAGACUUUACAGUCCAUUUAUAAGAACCCUAACAUUAAAGAUAUGAUUGCAAGAGAUUCAGAACAAAAAACAAAUUUUCUUUAUGACAUACAAGAUGGAGAAUUCUUUAAGAAUCAUCUCCUUUUCUCAAAACAAAGACAUGCAAUUCAAAUCCAGCUUUUUUUUGAUGAGUUUGAAUGCUCAAACCCGCUUGGAUCGAAACGGGGUAUACAUAAGUUAGGAGCCAUCUAUUUUACUCUCAGAAAUAUUUCCCCAAAAUACAACUCAAGUUUACUAAAUAUUCAUUUAGUAACUUUAUUGCAUGCACAAGAUAUCAAAACAUGGGUUUGAUAAAAUACUAGAGCCUCUUGUCAAGGAUAUUUCAUCACUGGAAACUAAUGGAAUUCAGAUUCCUUUAUUUUAUCAUGCCGUUUAUGGAACCAUUGUCCAAGUUACUGGUGACAACCUUGGUAUUCAUUCAUUGUUUGGUUUUGUGGAAUCAUUCAGUGCUAGGUACUGUUGCCACUUUUGCCUGCUAGAGAAAGAACACUUUCAGACAGUGUUUUGUGAAGAUAGUCCAAAAAUUUCAGUGCGAACUAAAGAACUUCAUUCAGAGCAUUGUGAGAGAAUGCAAAGCAAUCCCAGUCUACCUUAUGUAAUGGGAGUAAAAAGGUCUUGCCUUUUAAAUUCUUUAGAAUAUUUUCACACUACUGCUAAUUUCUCAGUUGAUAUUAUGCACGACAUAUUAGAGGGGGUUGCGCAAUAUGAGAUGAAGUUACUCAUUCAGCACUUGAUUGACAAUUACACCACAUCAGCAGAAGUACAGAGAAGAAUUCAGAGUUUUAAUUAUGGCUUCUUGGAACAAAACAACAAACAUCCUGGUGUGGAAUUAAAAGAGUCUUCCAAUGACCUGGGCUUAAAUGCCAUUCAGAGCUGGUGUUUACUGCGCUACUUACCCAUUAUGUUUGGAGAUCUUGUGUGUCCUAAUGAUCAGCACUGGUAUUUGUUUAUUUUAUUGCUUCAGAUCAUCAACAUUGUAUUUUCUUCAGUUAUAUCCAGUGGAAUAACCAUUUAUUUGAAGCAUCUGAUUUCGGAGCACCACAGUUUAUUUAAGCAUUUGUUUCCUGAUCGGAACUUGUUGCCAAAGCGUCAUUUUAUGGUGCACUACCCCACUUGUAUGCAGAAAAUUGGACCAGUGUUACAUUGUUGGUUUAUGUGCUACGAAGGAAAACAUAAUGUUUUCAAAAAGCAGUUAAAAAACUUUAAAAACAUAACAAAAACAUUGGCAAAGAAACACCAGUGCCAAAUGGCAUAUAUUUGGCAAACAUUUGAUCCAAAUUAUGUGAAAUUAGGUCCUGAUAAAAUGGUUCCCCUGAAUGAAAUGGAAGUUAGUGUUGAGAUGGCUGAGAAACUUAAUGUUCCUUUGUGGACUAAGGUCCUAAGUGUGAAAUGGGUCAAGUUCUGUGGAAAUACUUAUCGCUCAGGUUUAGCAGUUUGCGUUAAAUUUCAAAAUGACAUGCCUGUUUUUCAUGCAAUUCAGAAUGUUGUUACCAGAGAUGAGCGAAUACUAUUUAUUACAACUGCACUGGAAACAUCAUGUUUAGUUGAACCUGUUCAUGCCUACAAAGUUGCACAAACCAUAGAAACGUGUUAUGUUUUGGAGCUCAAUGACAUUUUGCAACACAAGCCGUUUGACAUUGUAAUGUCUUAUGGUGGUGAUUUUGAUUUGUUUAUUGUACCAUAUACUUUUAUUUGAUUUUUUUUGUUUGUUUUUCCGGGGUUGUCACGAUACU